GGUAGGAAUUUAAACAAGUGCCCCUACCCCCUGAGAUCUUUGCAAACCGUUCCUGAUCUCUUUUCAGUUUCUGCCAUCCAGGGAAAAAAGACCAAUUGAGAGGAGAGAGCCAUCACUCGAGCACCCAAGACACCCUCAACUCGUUCAUUCCCGCGACGCUACCUUAUUCUCGACCCGUUCCUCCAUUUCUAACCGUCCAAUAUGGCCUCCCGUCCUCAGAACAUCGGCAUCAAGGCCAUCGAGAUUUACUUCCCAAGCCAGUAUGUCGAGCAGUCCGAGCUCGAGAAGUUUGAUGGCGUCAGCGCGGGGAAGUAUACCAUUGGCCUCGGCCAGACAAAGAUGAGCUUCUGCGACGAUCGCGAGGACAUCUACUCCCUUUCUCUCACUGUCGUCUCCCAGCUCCUGAAGAAGUACGACAUUGACACCAACUCGAUCGGCCGCCUCGAGGUCGGCACUGAGACCAUCCUCGACAAGUCCAAGUCGGUCAAGUCGGUGCUUAUGCAACUGUUCGGAGACAACACCAACAUCGAGGGUGUCGACACUGUCAAUGCUUGCUAUGGAGGCACCAACGCCUUCUUCAAUACCGUCAAUUGGAUCGAGUCGUCCGGCUGGGACGGCCGGGAUGGCAUCGUCGUGGCUGGCGACAUUGCCCUGUACGCCAAGGGCAAUGCCCGCCCCACCGGAGGCGCUGGCGCUGUCGCCCUGCUGAUCGGCCCCGACGCCCCGAUUGUUGUGGAUCCCGGUAUGAGAGGCACCUAUAUGGCGCACGCCUACGAUUUCUACAAGCCCGACCUUACCAGCGAGUACCCUUACGUCGAUGGCCACUACUCGGUCAACUGCUACACCAAGGCCCUCGACGCUGCCUACCGCGCAUACUCGAAGCGUGAGGCUCUGCUGACCAAGACCGCCGUCAAUGGCCAGGCAAACGGCAACGGCGCCCACGCCGAGACCGGACCGGUAAAGACGCCGCUUGACCGCUUCGACUACCUUACUUUCCACGCCCCGACCUGCAAGCUGGUUGCCAAGUCGUACGCUCGCCUGUUGUACCAUGACUACCUCGCAGACCCCGAGAACCCGGCCUUCUCCGAGGUUGCCCCCGAAGUGCGAGACAUGGACUACGAGAAGUCGCUGACCGACAAGGUGGUCGAGAAGACUUUUAUGACCCUGACCAAGAAGCGCUUUCAGGAGCGUGUCAACCCGUCCAUCCAGGUCGCCACAAUGUGCGGCAACAUGUACUGCGCCAGCGUCUGGGGUGGUCUGGCAAGCCUGAUCUCUCACAUCAACAGCUCGGAUCUGCAGGGCAAGCGGAUAGGCCUCUUCAGCUACGGCUCGGGCUUGGCAUCCAGCUUCUGCUCUUUCCGCGUCAACGGCAGCACCCAGAAGAUUUCCGACAUCCUGGAUAUCCCUAACAGGCUCACCGGGAGACGGGCAGCUCCUCCCGAGGAAUACGAAUCUAUGUGCGACCUCCGCAAGAAGGCUCACCUUCAGAAGGACUACAAGCCCGAGGGCAAGGUCGAUACUAUCGCUAGCGACGUGUAUUACCUCGAGAACAUUGACGACAUGUUCAAGCGAUCCUAUUCGGUCAAGGCAUAGAGCAUAGAGCGUCUAGAAUAUUGCAGAGCAGUUGCGGCAAUCUCGCCCCGCACCUGAUAGAAGACGCGAGUGGGUAUUUCUGUCAUAUCAGCGCAUAUUUAGCAGGCCUGCAUGACUUCACGCGUCGGUUAAUGUUUGCAUCAGGGCGAGAGACGUCCUGGGGAGCCAUGUGGACGGGAUGAAGUCACAUCAUCUUUUUCA